AUGAAAGCUUUGAUUUUAUUAUUAUUGGGUUUGAGUGCAUAUGCAUUCACAGAGUAGAUGAUGUCUUUGGAAGAAUUAGCAAAUUUUAAUGUAAAAACAAUGGAUUGCUCAAGAUCAGAUCAAUUUUCUUUUAUAGAGAAACAAAUGAAGUAAUGGGAAGAUUUGUUAAUUCACUAAAAAGCUAUCUCUCAUGAUAUUAAAAUCUUAGAAUAAAUGGAGAAAAUGUUGACAACAAAGCAUCAUUCUUUCUUAGAAGCCUAAGUGAAAGUUUCAGGAAAGAAAUUAUUAAAGAAAUUGCACAAAUUAGAAUUACCUUUAACAAAAAGUAAGAUUGGUUUAAGUCAAGUAAAGGCUUUAAGAGAAUAAUGUCAUGGUUUAGAUUCUGAAAGUAUAUAUAAAUAUAAUAAUAUAUAUAGAUCAUGAAGAUAGAACAGCAGCCAAAAAAGAGUUAUGUAGAUUAUUAAGAGAAUAUAUAAAUAGUCUUAAUAAUUGUAGAUAAUAAUGUAGAAGUACACCAAUAACNUUAUUCACAGAAAUUGAAAAUCAUAUAUUAAAUAAGAAUCUAUAAUUAAAGAGUCUGAUCUCAUUCUAAUACCUAUAGUAAUAUAGUUAUUAAUGUAUUCUUGAAUAAUAAAAAGAAAACUUAAUUAUAUUUAAAUUGUAUAUAAAAAGAUCUUAAAUUGUAUUAUAAGUUUAGUAAAAAUAAAAUACUUAAAAUUAAAUAUUAGUUUUGACUUGA